AUGCCGACAUACCAAAGAUUCAUGAACACCUGGCACAAAGACAACAAGAGAAUAGAAGAAUUCAUUACAAGGUUCAACAAAGAAUGCGUGGAAAUCGGCAACGUCGGCGAAGAUCUCCUGUGCGCACAUUUUCGAAAGGCAGUCCGCUAUGACGACGUAAUCCGCACAAUCACCGACAAGGAGGGCAUGCCCAAAGAUUUGGAUAGAAUCAUGUUAGCAACUAAAGUCUACGCACAAAACUCCUCCACAUCGGAGGAGUCUGUGUGUCACCUUGAAGAGUCCAUGAACGAGGAGCUGACACGUGUCCUUUUAAAUGUUGAAGAGUCCAUCCCCGAUGCAUCCCAUGUGGAGGAGUCCGUCCACGGACGCAUGAACAAUCGAGUUAAAAAUAAUAUCGAUUUAAGUUUCGAGAUGAUUUUGCAUCUGGUUUUCAUGUUUGCUAUAAUUUGUAUAGCAAACGCGGGAGACCCCAACAUUCUUACGGAAUUUAUCGCCCCAAACAACACCAUCGAUGCCAAUUAUUUCACAUUCACAGGGAUGCGCCAACUGGUGGGUGGUGAGUACCCAACAACUUUUAAGGCGUUGAAAGUGACCAUGAAUGAGUUUCCGACGCUUAAUGGCCAAAGUGUUUCGUAUGUGGUUCUAGAGUUCCCUAUCGUGUCAAUUAAUCCGGUCCACAUACAUCCUAGGGCUUCAGAGCUUAUGUUUCUUGUUUCCGGGUCUCUCCAAGUUGGGUUUGUGGAUACUAGUAACACGCUUUAUAAACAAACUCUACAAAUUGGUGAUAUUUUUGUGUUUCCUAAAGGCCUUGUACAUUUUCAGUAUAAUAAUGAUACUAAGGAACCGGCGUUGGCUAUUUCAGCUUUUGGAAGUGCCAACCCUGGCACUCAAUCUAUUCCUACUAGUGUUUUCAACACUAGUAUCUUUGAGGGUAUUUUGGAUGCAUCUUUUCAUGCUACUCGAGCGACUUUAAGAAGAAUCGAAGAUGGACUUAAGGGAUAAAUGAUCCUUGAGCAACAUUUUUUCUUUUGGGGGUUCUUUCUCAUAUAAAUAAGACUUUGAUUAAAAAUAGAUUUUCUUUAUUCAACACUUGUACUUGGUUUGAAAAUCAUUGACAUGAAGUUUGUGAUACGAAAAUCAUGUCCAAUUCUAUUUGUUAGUCA